UAACUCAAAUCGGACGUAAUUUGAACCGUACUAAUGUGACACUCGUUCACAAUAUGGUGGCCAAGAUCAGUGUAUUGUUACUGGGACUAACUGUUCUUAGAAGUAUACGUUUGGUAACAUCUUUUGAGAAUUUGACAGGAUAUGAAUUGGCAUCAAUUAGGGAGCUGAAAGACCAUGCUGGCUGCGGUCACACGUUCUACACGCAAGGCGUGAACAUAUAUCUUAUGCCGUGGAUCUGCGUACCGUCAUCCGCCUGUGAUCGCAAAUGGGACCACAUACUCAAUGGCACGCAACAGCAGACGUUAUACGCUAACGUGAAGAGCGGCCACGAGCCAGGGUUCUGCAGUCAGCGCUGGUUCAACAUCGGCGAAACUCAUUGUUGCUUCAUCGGCGACUUACACUUAUUCAAGGACUUUGAGUUGAAGGACUGGCCGAAAAUAUCCGUUCCCAUCAAUGAAUCCUACUGGAAUUCUACUAUGAAAGCAAUCAACGCUAUGUAUGAAGAAGAUGAACCCGCCAGUCACCACUGGAUGUUUAGACAAUAUGAAGUAUGUGCAAUGUAUCCUGUUGGGAAAAAACAUAACUCAACCCUUUUUACGCCACAUUUUUGUGUUGAGGAGAACGUAUGUGAUAGUAACAGUACGCACAAUAUUCCACCCCCACAAGGGAGAGCUCAAGUAAAAAUACCCUUUUGCCAAAAUAACCAAUUUGAAGUCUCCCAAGAUCGAAGGCGAAAGAAAUACGUUUGUUGUCAUCCAAGGGCUAUUUCGAACACAGCAGCUGGUAUUUCUGCCCCUUGGGCCAUGAGAGCUUUUCCAACAUACACCUUGUACGCUGCAGGGUUAAGAGCCUCUAUUCAAUGUGAGCUGUACUCCAAAUAUGUGUGUGAGAAAGGAAGCGACUACUGCCCAUUUCGCUCCCUGUACAAAGGUUGGGACCGAGCUCUACCAAUGGCAGCGUACCACCUGGCCAUGAUUGGUAUAAGAAAACCUCGGACACAAAUCUUCUUCUGCCAAGGCACAAUCGUUAGCCGCCAAUUCAUCUUGUCUGCGGAACAAUGUGCUACUUAUAAUUAUGCUAAAGCCAGUCUCGCAUUGAUGGGAGAUUUUGAGACGUACAAGAACGGAGAGGAGUUUUCAGUCGAGAUGAUCAGCUACAUAUCUCAGCAUGUCAGACUGCCUCCCAAGGUGAGGGAAGACGCUGGUUUUGUACGGGACACUUGUCACGAAGAGAUCAUUCUCUUCAAACUGUGGAGGCCUAUGGUGUUCAAUCCAUUCAGACGGCCUGCGUGCAUAGUCGGUGAAACUUUCUACCCUGAAGUGCCAAAGUGGCUUGGGAAAGACCUCGCAUACUUUACAGGCUACGGGAGCAAAGAAGCAGAUAAGGGUUAUAGCGAAACUGCAAAGCCACUCAUUUUAGAAACAAUACCUUGGACUUCAAACAAGUGUAAAGGAUAUUAUGCAGAUGGCACGGAAACGGCAAAGGAUGAUGCUGACAACGGGGAAAUGUGUGCUACCGCACCUUCUGCAAAAAUCCAGGAUGAUUACGACUUACCGGCUCCACCAAAACGCUAUGGGGAUCCUUGGGGCCCCUGUAAAUUCGACGUGGGUGCACCUUUGACUGUGCUACAGACUGUGCCGUACUGCCAGUUAUCUGUCGUUGGCGUCUUGAGCCGAGAACCCUAUCAUUGCAACAAUUUGAGACCAAAUCUUUUCAGAAAGGUUGCUCCGAAUAUAGAGUGGAUUGAGAAGGUAAUAUAUAAAGACGACUUUGAUUUGUUUGGUUUCGAUCUAACUUGGCCCACCUGUGAUCGUUCUAACUGGCAAUUUAUUAACAUGACUUAUGUAAGUAAGGAGAAUGCGCGAUUUUAUCGCAAAUAAUUGGUUCGACCAUUUCAAAAAUCGAUUAUUUAUAUAUGAAUGUGGAUGAUUGUGGCUAUUGAAAGAAUAUAAAAUUCUGAAAAGUC